AUGCCAGUAGAGGUAUUGGUUUUUGUAGCAGGGGAGAGCAACUCAACAACAGCUGUUAUUUUCAAAGUUAAGCUGAAGGCUGAGGAAUUAAUUGGCAUGAAUAAUUCAUUUAGUUACACUGCAAGCAACUAUGUGAUGAUGGUGAUAUUUUUCUUCUCAAGCAGUGUUGUAAACAAUUAUGCACUUAACUUUAAUGUCCCUCUGCCUCUACAUAUGAUAUUCAGAUCAGGGUCUUUAGUUGCCAACUUAGUCUUAGGAAUGAUUAUUCUAAAGAAAAGGUAUAAUUUUUCAAAGUAUAUAUCUGUUCUGAUGAUCACAGUGGGGAUAUGUUUGUGCACAUUAGCAUCAGCAAACAAGUUGUUAGCCGGGUUUCUUUUACUUUAUAAAGACAUCCUUCGCCAUUUCUCAAUAUUCAACUCUUCUGCUCCUUUGAUUCUACUUGAUUCAAGCAUACAAGUUCCGAAGCUCUGGGCUUACCUCGCUGGAAACAUUGUCACGCAAUACAUCUGCAUCCGCAGCGUAUAUAUUCUGACGUCGGAAUGCACUUCUUUGACUGUCACGCUGGUUGUCACGCUGCGAAAGUUCACGAGCUUGAUGUUUUCAAUCUUUUACUUCAAAAAUCCCUUUACACUGUAUCACUGGUGUGGGACGGUGCUGGUGUUUGGGGGCACUUUGAUCUUCGUAGAAUUGGCCAAGAAGAUUCGGGAAGCUUUGGUGCCACAGAAAGAGACAAAAGUCGACUGAUUGUCUUUGUGAUGGUACAGAAAGAGACUUGUUUGUAUUCUGGAGUCAUGUAGAAUAUCAGAAUGAUUUACGCUGAAGUAUAGUUUAAUGUUGUUUUCUUGUAUUUCUCUCUUUGUAAUCG